CCUCACAUGCAAUACAUUAAAGAUGAAGUAGCCCAUUUAACUUACCAACUAAGUAAAUUUACUGCAGGGCGAAAGGGAAUACAACAGAAGCAAUUAAAGACUAUUUAUACUAGAGGGAUUGAGAGGAUGAUUGUUUACGCUUCUCCAGUUUGGUACAGUAAGAAGAUCGAGAUUAAUAAAAAACUCAAAGCAAUUCAAAGAAUACCUUUAAUCCUACUAACCAGAGCAUACAGAACUACAUCGAAUUACUCUCUAAAUAUAUUAGCCAACAUCCCUACAAUAGCAUUAACAAUAGAAAAGGAAAUAGAAACAUAUCAAAUAUUCGCAAAAGGUAAAAACUUCUUAUGGAAAGAUAAAGUGUUUACGGAAAAUGAAGUGGUAUCAAAAUACGAUAUGUGGGAAUUUCACCCGUCUACAAACUUAUCCUUUCCAUUAACAGACAAAGAACAAGACGUGGACAUAAAAAUAUAUACAGACGGCUCCAAAAUGGAAGAGAAAGUAGGAGCAGCAUAUGUAGCAUAUAAUUCAAGAGGGGAAACAUUAACAACAAAAUUGUUCAAAUUAGCAGAAUAUUCAUCGAAUUAUGAGGGUGAAGCAAUAGCACUAUUAAAAGCAAUAGAAUACAUAGAAUCAGAAGAAACUACUUAUACAUUUCAAAUCCUCACAGACAGCCUUUCGUGUUUACAAGCACUACGAAAUCCCAAAAACAAUAACCCACUUAUAGUUAAAAUAAAGAAAAAACUUUUAGGAUUACCACGGGAAAGAAUAACCUUAUCAUUUGUCAAAGGACAUAACAACAACAAAGGGAAUGACACGGCGGACUUGUUGGCCAAAGAG